GGUGGCAGCAUUUACCAAGCCAAGGUCAGAGAAAAGCUGUAACUUUGGGGGUUUAAUACAAGCCUAGAGUGGCACAAAUUAAUUUGUAGAAUCCUGGCGGGCCCCCACUUUCUGCACUCGGAGUAACAGAGUGGGGAUUCGGCCCUGACACAUACUAUGAACAAAAUUGAUCAUAAUUUUCUAGAAGAGUGAACAUAGGGGAACAGACUUGCACAGGGUCUGUCUGUGUGUUCCCAACAUAUAUGUUGGGAUUUCAGUCCCUCACAAACAAUGUGUUUGGCAUCUUCAAACAGCCGGGGAACCGGUCCUGGGAAUUGACUGGUUUAUUAAGUGACACUGUAUGGAAUUGAGAGACACUUUAUAUUAUUAUUAAUUUAUUAUAAACACCAAUAUGAUGAAAUUGCAAUAAAUAGUGCUUGAUAUGCCAUGUAACGUGUGAAUGGAAAUGUUAAGAUUUUCCAAGUAUUAUGAUCUUGUUUCUACUUUUGUAUUGUGAGUUACAGAUAGGUAGCAUGUAUCUGUAUUCCAGACUUGUGUAGUGUUUCUGAGUGACACCCCCAGACAUAUUGGCAUCAACGCUGCCCAGCCUGUUCGAUGGCCCAUGCAGGGUCAUCAUCCCUACAACAAAGCCAUGGAAAGGAUUAAGGGGAUACCCCUAUUGAGUCAGCAAGACAUGCAGGGCUAUGCCUGUGUACUGAGACCUCCAAGGCUUUUCCAUGCUACGUGCUGUGAAGUUUGUGUUUGGGACACAGGAAGUAGAAGCCACUUGGCAAAAGGAAUGUAAAGGGCAGCUGCAUCAUCUCCAUUUUGUCUUCAAUCCCUCUUCCUACCUCUGGAGCAACUUCUCUACAAACCAAAGGCUUGAACAAAGGACUGAAUAAUGUGGAUGUGUACCAGGCAGCCCUUCAAGCCAGAAACUCACCAAUACUGCUAAGAACCAGAUACAUUCAGAAAUAGAUAUAUCUGAUUGCUGUCCCAUUUAACAACUCCCUUUUUCUUUCUUUCUUUUGUAAUAAACCUUUAGUUUAGAUGCUUUCUUGCUUAUAAACCUUUAGUUUAGGUGCUAAGGAUUGGCUGGCAUUGUAGUAUUUUGGGUAAGAUCCAAACCUAUACUGACCUGGUAAUGUGACUGACUCUGGGGUCAGAAGAACACUGUUUAUGUAAGCAGAGUUUUUAAAUAACCUCUCACUGUGCUGGACCUAGGUGCUGAUUGGGAGUCGGAGAACUAGAAAGCAAUAAAGGGGGCCGUGUGAUUUCUUUUUUCAAUUUCUCAAUAACCAGCAUGAGGGAUCAGAAGCACAGUUGGUGACUGGUCGGUGAGUUUAACUUUCGUGUUAACCACGAGUUUUCGUAGCAUCUGCUCUCCCUUUUUCAGCCUGCUCUGAUCUUGGCCUUUUCAGUGAGUACUGCCCCAGGCACACUGGGUCACAUUAAGCACUGAAGUUAAAUUAAUAGAGUGUUUUUAUGACACAGUCGUAUGAAAUCAACUGAACUCCUUUGUUUUCUUUCAUCUGAGCAGGGUUUCCAGUUUCCAAACCUCAUAUAAUCUCCCAGCUGGAACAAGGAGAAGAGCCAUGGGUCCCAGACCUCCAGGGUUCAGAGGAAAGAUGGAUCCUGAGAGCUCCCUGCACAGCAGGUGAUGCAGUGAUAGGUGAGAAAGAGGAGCAGAAUUUUCAGAAGGAAAAUGUCGAGCAAGUGGAUAAACUCAGAGCAUUUUCGCAAAGAUCGAAAAGGAAUGUGUCCAGGAGUCAUGAGCAGGGAAACUCCUUUGAGAUUCAGCACAGACCAGAAGGAGAGCAGGAAAACCAGCCAGGAGAGAGAAUGGUUAAAUAUAUUUUCUGCUGGGGAACUCAGAAGAGCAUCAAGGAAACCACAGCACAGCAGGAAAUUCUCAUGGGAAAGAAGAAAUGUACAUGCUGUGAGUGUGGUAAAAGCUUCUCUCGCAGCUCAACCCUUUCUGUUCAUCAGAGAAUCCACAGGGGGGAGAGGCCCUAUGAAUGCCAUGAGUGUGAGAAAUGCUUCACUAACAAAUCAGCCCUUUCUCAGCAUCAGAGAAACCACACAGGGGAGAGGCCCUAUGAGUGCCAUGAGUGUGGGAAAAGCUUCACUGAAGGAUCAGCCCUUUCUCAACAUCAGAGAAUCCACAUAGCGGAGAGGCCCUUUGAAUGCCGUGACUGUAGGAAAAAAUUCACUCACAGAUCAGCCCUUUCUCAACAUCAGAGAAUCCACACAGGAGAGAGGCCCUAUGAAUGCUGUGAGUGUGGGAAAAGCUACAUUGAAAGAUCAGCCCUUUCUAGACAUCAGAGAAUCCACACAGGGGACAGGCCCUUUGAAUGCAGUGAGUGUGGGAAAAGGUUCAUUACCAGCUCUCACCUUACUGGGCAUCGGAGAAUCCACACAGGAGAGAGGCCCUAUGUAUGCCGGGAGUGUGGGAAAAGCUUCACUCGCAGCUCAAGCCUUACUAACCAUCAGAGAAUCCACACAGGGCAGAGGCCCUAUGAAUGCCGGGAGUGUGGGAAAAGCUUCCUUCACAGCUUUCACCUUUCUAGACAUCAGAGAAUCCACACAGGUAAGCGACCCAAUGGAAGCAGUGAGUGUGGGAAAACCUUGUCUUCCCACUGAGCCCAUGUGAGCCGUCAGAGAAUCUCUAGCCUGAUUCUUGCUUGCAUAUUUAUACCUGCCUCUGGAAAUUUCCACUACAUGCAUCUGAUUAAGGGGG